AGGGGGGGGGUGACUGCCUUAUGCCGCACCCUGUGUCCCUGUGACGUCUUCCGUGUUCUGAGGAUUUGUGAAAACGUGAGCUACUGGCAAGAAUGUAGAUGUCUUUUUUUCUUCUUUUUUUUGUUUGCCUAGAAAUGUCUUUUUUGAAUACCUGUUGAUAAAGACUCCUUUCAAAUACAAAAGAUUGUGGGAAUUGAAAAUGGCUUAACAUCAGGUGUCGAGGGCUGCUGCUGUGUCUAAGUAGUAUCGACCAAUGGCGUCUGCCAACGUUACCAUGGAGAAUCAACUGCACAGUGCCCAGAAAAACCUGCUGUUCCUGCAGCAGGACCACGCCAACACUCUGAAGGGCCUCCACUCCGAGAUCAGACGGCUCCAGCAGCACUGCACAGACCUGACAUAUGAGCUGACAUUGAGGAGCUCUGAUCCAUCAGACACCAGCGAGGCGCGAUGCAGAGAGCUACACCAGAAGUGUGAGGAGCUGGAGGCUCAGCUGAAGCUGAAGGAGGAGGAGAACACGGAGCUGCUGAGGGACCUGGAGCAGAAGAACGCCAUGAUCUCCGUCCUGGAGAACACCAUCAAGGAGCGGGAAAAGAAGUACCUGGAGGAGCUGAGGAUGAAGAGCCACAAGCUGGCCGUGCUGUCGGGCGAGCUGGAGCAGAGAGCCAGCACCAUCGCGUACCUCACCUCUCAGCUCCACGCCACCAAGAAGAAGCUGCUGGUGGGAAGCUCCUCGGAGGGCAGCCCUAACGUGAGCCCCGUGAGCUCCUACAAGCCCAGCCCUCCCCCCGCCAAGGACCGCCAGCCCGAGACCCCCCGCCGCCGCAUGAAGAAGAGCCUGUCGCAGCCGCUGCACUCGGAGCUGACAGAGCUGUACCGCCUGGGUGCCGACGGGCGGCGCGUGGCCCUCCGCGACGCCGUGGACGCCAUGCCCGACCCCGCCCCCUUCCUGCAGGCCGCCAGGGACACGCCGGAGCCGCACGUGCCACGGGAGCGCCCCGCCGUCAUCCCGCCCAUCGCCUCCGAGCGCUCCUCCGCGGGCGCCGCCUUGUCCAGCCCCCGCCACAGCCCCCGCCACAGCCCGGCCCGGGACCGCCAGCAUCGGGCCCAUGUGGGCGUGGCCCACCGCAUCCCUCACAACACCCCUCCCCUGGCCCCGCCCCAGGCAGAGCUUGAGACGCUGGCUGUGGACCAGGUCAACGGGGGCAAGGUGUUGAGGAAGCGCUCCGGGACGGACAGAACAGUUUAACCACUCACACCUCGGAGGGCGGAAGACAAGAUUCACCUACUGUGUAACCGGCUGCUUUUUAUGCAACACCGCAACAAAGAAAGUCAAAUGGAAAAUGGAAAAAAAAAAAAAAAAAAAAGAGAAAUCCACUUUUGUUUGAGUACUUUUUUUUCAUACGUAGAAAUGGGACUACAAUGAGCAUGCCAAACGUUUAGUUUUAAACCCUCAUGUGACUUACAUAUCCUGUCUUUUCUCUCUCUCCUCACUCCGUCUAACAUGGUGCACUACUUCCUCUGCCAAACAUCUGCUUUAUUGCCUGCUAAUCUGGUGAUUCAUAUACAUCUAGUCAUGGUUACUACUGGAAAUUACCUUCAUAUUUCAUCUGGUCAGCAAUACUGCCCAGUCAUAUCAACAAGUAAUAUAAUCCAAUCUUCUUGUAAUGUAAAUACAUGAAUAAUACACUAGGAAAUAAUAUUAAUGUGCUAUUGGAAUUGUAACUGGUGGUACUUUGCCGGUUAUUUAUGCAUUGGGCUUUGGGGGCAAGUUUCAAGAAGAAAGGAGCUCUAAUUGUUGCUGCCUGGCAACUGAUUUGCAGUUAUCAAGUGGUUCAAAUGCAGUAAGAGAAAGCUGUGUGUGUGUGUGUGUGUGUGUGUGUGUGUGUGUGUGUGUGUGUGUGUGUGUGUGUGUGUGUGUGUGUGUGUGUGUAUGUUUGAGUGAGUGAGUGAGUGAGUGAGUGAGUGAGUGAGUGAGUGAGUGAGAAAGUGCGAUUGUGUGAGACUGCAUGGAGUUUGUGAGACCGAACGCUUUAUGAGGUAACAAUGCUGUGACAUGGGCAUUUACAAAAACAUCAAGGUCACAAUCACUUAUGAUAUGAUCUGUUCUUAACUGUAUAUUUUAAAUGGUAAAGGAUUUUAAUUAAUUGUUUGUUUUGAUAUAGACAUUUUACGUCAAAUGAGUUGCAUUAUAACCACCUUGUCAUGCUUUUCACCUCACAUACUGGUCCU